UGAAGAAGAAGUGAGAAAAUUGCGAAAUAGAGUUAGUGAAUUAGAAUCAAGCAGUAACACCCAAUUAACUCUACGGAAAAGUACUGAAAGCGAUUUAUCAAUAGUUCGAACACAAAGAGAUAAUCUACAAGUAGAAAAAAGAAGUUUGGAAAGAGAAAAUUCUCGUAAAAAUGAGGUCGAAAGAAUAACUAAUUCGUUUAAUAACCUACAAACUGAAAGUAAUAAUAAAAGCAGAAAUAUUGAGGAACUAAAAGGAUUGUUAGAAGAAUCCCAAGAAGAAAUCCUUAAUCAUAAAUUCCGAACUCAAGAAAUUAAGUUAGAAAACUUUAUUCAAAAACAAGGAAUUAAUCGAACAAAAGUUCGAGAUUUACAGAAAGCCUAUUAUCAACUAAUUAAGUCUCGAGAAAAUUAUAAUCGAGAAAACUUUAAUGAAGCAAAUGAAACUAUUGAAAGAAUUAAAGAUGAAUUAUUAAGUGGAGGAUGA